UUGCUUCUGAUAUCCUACGGAAAAAAAAUUUAGAUACAUAUUUUAUUUCUUGUUCAAUUCAAGAUGGCAGCCACCAUGUGGACCGAGGCGAUUGAAAACUACGUUCGUGGCGAACAAAAAGAAGCUUUGAAGUUGAUUACCGCAGAAAUCACAAAUGGACAGAAAACAGUUGAUGAUUUUGUUGACAGUAUGGGAACCUACCUGAUGAGUACGGAAACCAGGAUCCGUGCCAGAGGGGUGGAAUUAAUGUCUGAAGUACUGACAAGUUUACCAAGAACUUUCCUGAACCAGCAACAGAUUCAAGUCCUGAUUGAGUUUCUCUGUGCUAGGCUGUUAGACCACCACUCUAUCACCCAACACACUCUUAAAGGGUUCCUGGCAAUGACUUCUCAGUCCAGCUUCCCUGCCAGUUUGUCAGUUCAGGUGAUGACAGCAAUCUUCAAAGAGGUCCAGGUCCAGACCAUGCUACAGGUCGACCGUAGAACAGUCUACAACAUCAUAUCAAACCUACUUAGGACUAGCCUUACAGAGCUACAAGGCAUGGGGUCAGAGUUCGUCCUCGGCUUCCUCCAUGCUAUGGACGGUGAAAAGGACCCAAGGAAUCUCAUCCUCUUAUUCAACAUCCUACCGACCGUCAUCAACAACUUCAAGAUAGAUAUGUUCAUUGAAGAGACUUUUGAGGUUGUGGCCUGCUACUAUCCUGUCGACUUUCACCCUCCGCCCAAUGAUCCUUACGGUAUCUCAAGAGAGACACUGGCACAGAGCCUCAAGACAUGUCUCUCCAGUACCCCUAAAUUUGCGCAGUUUUGUCUGCCAAUGAUCAUGGAGAAGUUAAGUUCAGACUUACAGACAGCACGUUUAGACUCCUACCAGCUGUUACAAGCAUGCGCACCGGUCUACAGUCGGGGUGAUAUCAUGUCCUACAUAGAAGCUAUCUGGUCAUAUUGCAGGAAAGAGUUGAUGCUAGGUAUCAGUGUAGAGUUAGACCAGGAGGCUGCAAAGACAUUAGGUGCCGUGGUAAAAGCGGUAUCAUCCGGUAUCCAGUCAACGUCUGGUGGUAGUGGGGACGGAGAUCUGAAUUCAUUCCUCAGGAAUAUAUUAACAGAAUGCAGGCAGCAUCUUUGUGAACCAGACCAUCGGAUGAUCCAUCCCUGCAGUAAGCUUCUGGUUGCCAUAGCAGCAGCAUCAUACCCAGCAUGCAUUGCCAUUCUCAAGUAUGCCGUCCCCAUCCUCCUAGAUCAGUUCAAUAUAUUUGACCAGACUAGAGAAAGAAUGGUCCUAUUAGACAUCCUUGAGAGACUCCUUCACUCCAGUCAGGGCCACAUCAAGGAACCAGAGGAUUGGAGAACCGUCUUUGCCCAUCACGUGGACACUGUAGUGACCACUGUCCUGUCCAGUCUUGCCAGGGACCAGGGUGUGCCGGACCUCAGGAAGGUUGGACUAGGAACCCUGAGGGAAAUGGUCCAGGUCCCAAUUCUUAUGGACCAGAGUAGGCUGGAACUUGUGGGACAAGAACUGACAAGGGUUCUGCUAGAAGAAGGAGAUGAGGGUGUUAGGUAUGAGUGCAUAAAGACGGUAUCUAGCCUUGCCAAAAGACACACAGACUUUGUCAAGUCAAUAAUACUUACAUCUUUAUGGACCACUGCACAAAGAGGGGGUUCAGGAUACCAAAGAACAGUAGUUGACAUGGCAACCAUAGUAACAAAUACGUCAGAUGACCUCAGCAGGUCGCUGACCUCCGAGCUUAUGUCAGAAAUAUCUAAGCCAGAAUUAAGUUCUGACCAGCAUCUAGUGUAUCUUGCCACGUUAAAAACCUUGACGGCCAAUCUUUCCAGUACACCUUCAAAUCUCGAGUCCCUCCUAGCAUCUGUUGUCUACCCUUUACUUAAAAUGGUUGUGUCCGCCACUCUACAAUCCAGUACUGAAGCUGGGAUCAGUCCACAUUGUUGUGGGGCGGUUCUGGUUGCCAUUGCAAAAGUGAUUAGAGUGGUUGUUCCAAAAUUAGAUAACAGUAUGGGGAUUAAGCUAUGCCAGUGUGCUAUUGACGUAUUCCUUCAUGGGAAGUUAAGCAGUUUGGAGCUGACGAAACACAACACGCCCUUCUUACCAUUGGAACCUCAUGCACCAGGCCACCAGACACAGCUUGUCACAGUACUCCAACCGAUAGUGUGUUCCCUGAGGAGAGAGAUCCAUAUACCAUCUUCCAAACAACUGAUGUCAAGUCUACUUCACAUAUCAGCUCACAGUCCUGUGUGGUUGACCAGUACCUGGGCUACUAAGGCUUUAGCUGGAGUCAUUAAUAAGCACCAAGCAGGGUCAGAUUCAGAUGAAGUCUUAGUUGAAGCAGAGAGUCUUUUGGGUCGAGCAAUAUCUAGCAUGGAAGAAGGAUCAAGCAAAGAAAGAGCUCUAAUGGCCUGGGUCUUGCUUACCAAGGCUCUUGUGAUGCGUUCCCACCCCAAGGCAACCACAUUCCUCACCACACUACUCAGACUUCUUGAAGAUGAAGAUCUUGGUGAUCAGGUCCCUCAAACCCUUGGCAUGCUCCUGGAAGACAUGGAGGAUGUACUGAGUGAGGACCUUCACUCAGACAUCAAGAUCAUGUACAAACAGAGGGUCUUCCUGCAGGCUCUUCCAUUCGUCAUGGCUCUUUUUAAGAAAGAUAACCUGCAAACAAGAGCCAUCACAGCCCUGUGCCAUCUACUCCCCAGCAUACCCCGCCCUGUCCUGCUGGCAGAGUUACCCCCCAUCAUACCCCGCCUUGUGCAGUCCCUUAGGGUGACGGACCCACGCCCCACCCUACCCAUCUUGGACAUCUUGGAGUCUCUACUUGGGGAAACACUGCCCUCAUUGGUGGAUCAGAUUGAUAACCUUAUACCAACCCUCUUGGAGCUGAGUUCCUACCAAGCUUCUUUGAAAGUACGCAUAGCAUCUCUAAAGUGUAUUGGGGCUGUUACCUCUUUCCCACAUCAUAUAAUUUAUCCACAUCAGGAGACAGUGGUCAGAGCAUUAGCACCAAGGCUGGACGAUAAGAAGAGACUGGUCAGACAGGAGGCCAUCAAGGCACGAACAAAAUGGAUUCUGCUGCAGCAAGACACAAAGAGAUAAUACAACAUUGUAUUGUACCAUCUUUUGGUAAGACGUCAAUCAUGUUAAAUGGGCACCCAGUAGGAUUGUAAGCCUUUGCAGUUUAUUCUUGCUGGAAUGCUCCCCAGGGAGUGAAGAAAGUGCAUACUUCUCUGUGGACAAGCCAGGAUGCGAUGACCAGGAUACUAACAUAUUUGUGAAGUGCUUAGAGAAGUCAUUCCGAUGUAUUAAGCACUAUACAAAAGUGUGAUAUUUAUAUCAUUUGUUUAAAGUGUUCGUUAGGCGGGAGUCUUACAGAAGUACAGCAUGUAUUCUUACUGAGGGUGAUUGAGCUAGUGUUGUACCAUAGGACACAUGCCAGUUUUAAUGAUUAAGUCAAUUAUGUCAAAGAAAAGAGGUUGAAAUAGGAUCUACAGGGUAUUCUGUAUGACUGUGGGAAUCAUGCUUUUUGUCUCGCCUGAACAAAGUUCGGCAGAGACCUAGAAAUCACUUUUCCUGUUGGUGGUCAGUAAGUCUGUUAAAAAAUGUUCGUUUUUGUUCAACUUGCUUGUCUGUCUUUAUUUUUGCAUCAAUUAUGUUCAUACUUGGUACAUAUGAUCCUUGUGACCCCAUGAGAAUGAUGGGGUCAAAGGUCACCUACAUGUAGGGGUUAAAAGCUUGAAUUAUGUGAGGUCAUGUUCAUCCUUUUAUUAAAGUUUUUGUUCAACUUGCUCUCUUUUCUUUAUUUUAGCAUCAAUUAUGUUCAUAUUUGGUUAAAAUGAUCCUUGGGUAAAGUGUUCUUGAGGAUGAUGAAGUUAAAGGUCAUCUAGGGGUCAAAAGAUCAUAUUGCGUAGUUUAUUGAUCACAAAAUCAGGCGAGACUGAUGAUUCGUUAACCUCCUUAAUGCCUUAUAACUAAUUUAGAUAAUCGAGGGUGCACCUAAAUGUUCUUUCCUCAUGGUUUUUUAAAGACUUUUCUCACUAAACACACAUGCUCAAAACAAUAUCAUGAUGAUCAAGUAACUUUUAUUCUGGGACAAGUUAUGAAUUGAUGCAGAGGUAUGACAUAUCAGCCAAGGUCAUUUCUUUCAGAUGUUGACAUAUAAGGGCGGUCUCAGAUUUGAAUGAUCAUGUGUUACACAGAUACACACAUUUUACCAUGAUUCAAAUCCGAUCCUGGUUAUUUUAUCUGUUUCAUCAAGACGAAUUCAGGCAAAUUGAUAAAACAAACAUGACUGGAUGUGAAAUCUUCCCUAGAUUGGAGUCAUAAAAUCAAGUUAUCAAUUGCAAUAAGAGUUGCAAGCAAAUUCAACUCUUAACUUCAAUCACAAGUAAUGUAUUAAUACUAUCAACAAUUCCUCAUCCAAACAAACAACCCAAUAUAAUGUAUGAAUGAGUUGUUUCGUGUAUGACUUGUCAAACAGUGCUUGCAAUCCAAAAAUGAUAUCCCUAGUUCAUGCAAAGGGAUUUAAGCAGUUAACAAUGAAAGGGCUCUCCUGAAGCAGUCAAGAACCAUAUUUGUGUUUCUCUAUUAUGUAUGUAAAUUAUAGAUGUUAUAAAAACUUUAUGUUACAUUACGGCUAUAUAGUUAAGUGUGUGUUUUAUCAUAAUGAUCAAUAUAUCCAGUAAUGAUUAUUUGAAAUGCUAUGAAUCAUGUGUCCAAAUUAUUGAGAGCUAUAAUACUGAAUUACUUUUUGUUAAGCACUUUCACAUUUAAAUUCUCUUUUCUUUGCAUAUGUACUUUUUGGAUACAAAAUAAAUUCAUGAAUAUUAAGAACA